AUGGAGGGUAAUACUGAAAAGAUAACAUCUAAUUCUGAAAUGGAAGACAUGGAACAUGAUCUCGUUGAACAAGAAGGAGAAGGAGCAGCAAAGGAGUAUUCUCAUGAGAUGAAUGAGGCUUCUGUUGUUCUGUUAUUUGCAUUAUACUUCCACUCACUUAUUGCUUCACUUGACUGUUUUCUUGGCAAAGACACAAGAGACCACCUUGCCUCUCUGAAUGUUUUGCACUCUCCUGAUAUCAUCUUUCUGUCUGAAAUCAAAAUUAAUGAUGACAUGAUAUCUCAACUUACUAGAUUUCUAGGUUUACCAAAUAAAUGUUUUGUCCCUUCCAUUGGUCAAGCAGGUGGUAUUAUUCUCCUUUGGAAGGAUGGUUUUAAAAUAGAAAUUGUUAAACAAUCCAGUAAUAUGAUUCAUGCUCUUGUGACAAAUGACCCUGCCAAGGGUCAGUGGUUCUUAUCUUGUGUGUAUGGCACCCCUUAUAAGAAUGACCAACUCAGUCAAUGGAACUACAUAAAAGACCUUAGUACUUCUAUUUCCAUUCCUUGGGUCCUUAUUGGUGAUCUAAACAUCAUUAUGAAUCCAUCUGAAAGAAACUCCAACACUGAAAUUACUUCUCAGGAAGUCUUAGAUGCCAUUAAAGAAUCAGAUUUAUCUGAUUUAGGUUUCAUAGGAAAUCCUUUCACCUGGACUAGUAAUAGUCAUGGAACUGGCAGGAAUUGGAAGUUCUUUCAACAUUGGUUAGAGAAUGAUACUUGUAUGAAUCAGAUCCUCAAUGCUUGGAAAUCAAAUACUACAGGCUCUGCUGCUUUCUUUCUCUCUGACAAACUGUCCAAUACAAGACAUAUCUUAUCAAAGUGGAGUAAAAGUAUGUUUGGUAAUAUUCAAGCUAGAAUCAACAGUCUGCAACAAGAUCUUACUCUUCUUCAAACCUCAGAUAUUCAGGGUAGUAAUACAACAAAAGUUAUGGACUUGGAAAAGGAAAUUGAUACCUUAAAUGAACUGCAAGCUAGCUCAAACAGACAAAAAUCCAGAGAUCAUUUUUGUAAUGAUAUGGAUAGAAAUUCAAAGUACUUCCACAUAAGAGCUAAUUAUAGGAAAACCAGAAAUAGAAUAGAUUCCUUACAAGCACAAGAUGGUACUUGGUGUCAGGACAGAACCUCAAUUGAAAAUAUUCUUGUCUCCCACUUCAAGAAGAUAAGUACUACUUCAAGCCCUCCAGAUUGUCAGAAUUUUCUUCAGCAUGUCCCUAAUUGUAUUUCUGAACAAGACAAUGCAGAUUUGGUAGCUGUUCCUUCUGUUCAAGAAAUUCAUGAAGCUUUAUCUUUAAUGGAACCAUAG